GCUUGUGUCAGCGCUGCUGCUGCCGGAGGCCUGACUGGGAGCGGCCCGGUUUGCUGGCAACGGAUUAAGGCGGGGGGUGUGCUGAUUAACUGGGGGCAGCGGAAACGGUACAGGGCGACAGACACGGAGCGGCGGGGCCUGGAAACACAGCUCCGGCCGGAGUCACUGGCUAUGGAUAGGCCGCGGCAGAGCCCACCCGGCCUGCAUAUUUUGGAGGGGCAUGAAGUGAAGCUCGGACGCCGGGAACCGUGUCAGCUGACCCUGAGCCGGCUCGACGGACAUCAUGUGCUGGUCAUUCAUUCAGAAGGGAAACAAGCGCCUAUUGACGAAGUUCUUCCCAUAACUAGCAGCUUUAAAUGUGUGCAAGAGGCGGAGGAGACUCUUCUCAUUGACAUCCCCGGUAACAGUGGCUGUAAAAUGAGAGUGCAGGCCGAUCCUUGGUCUACGGAGCGGCUGUUUGAGAUUUCUGAUGAAGAUAAGUGUUUGAAGCUCCUGGAACGGUUACGUUUCAUACAGGAAGGGUAUGAGAAGCCGGUUCGAUUCGAUAAGAGAGAAUCUUCCAAUUGGUACCAGCCUGAUGAGAAAAUAGAGAGGGCUCCGGGGGCUUCUUCACAGGCAGCUCCAGGCAAAUUGGGCUUCGAGGAUAAUUUUACGGCCGCAAAUUUAGAAAGGAAAAGAAAUAUAGAAAACAGACACCCGGGAUCUCGACCUCCUCCGCCGCCCCCUCCUCUGGCUUUGGACAAACAGCCAGUCCGGGAUAGAGAAAGAGAUCCCGCUGGGUGGGAAAAACCAAGAAUGACCAACACUAUGCGCAAACUUUUUGUCCCAAACACCCAGUCUGGACAAAGGGAAGGAUUAAUUAAACAUCUCCUAGCAAAGAAAGAGAGCGACUACGUGAACAUCGAGAACUACAGGUUCUUUGUGGGCACGUGGAAUGUCAAUGGCCAGUCUCCAGAUAGUGGUCUGGAGCCUUGGUUGUGUGUGGAUGCAGACCCUCCAGAUAUAUAUGUUAUCGGUUUUCAGGAGCUCGAUCUCAGUACGGAAGCUUUUUUCUACUUUGAUUCAGGGAAGGAACAAGAAUGGUUGGAAGCUGUUGAGAAGAGUUUACACCCCAAGGCCAAGUAUAAGAAAAUUCGCUUGAUACGACUUGUGGGGAUGAUGAUGCUGGUGUUUGCAAAGAAGGAACAUUUUAAGCACAUCCAAGAGGUGGCGGCUGAGUCCGUUGGGACCGGAAUAAUGGGGAAAAUGGGUAACAAGGGAGGUGUCGCUGUGAGGUUUAUCUUCCACAACACAUCCUUCUGUUUUGUGAAUUCUCACCUCGCUGCGCAUGUCGAAGAUUUUGAAAGGCGGAAUCAAGACUACAAGGAUAUUUGUGCUCGACUAAACUUCACAGUGUCGGAACAAAAUAUACCGUCCUUAAAUAUUAUGAAGCACGAUGUUGUGAUUUGGCUGGGAGAUUUGAAUUACAGACUCUGCAAAUUUGAUGCCACAGAAGCUAAAAACCUGAUCAUGAAAAAUGACAUCCACACGCUGUUGAAGUUUGACCAGUUGAAUAUCCAGCGAGAUCUGAAGAACGUCUUCUCUGAUUUUAUAGAAGGUCCCAUCAGUUUUAUUCCAACGUACAAAUACGAUCCUAAAACGGAUCGGUGGGAUUCCAGUGGGAAGUGUCGUGUCCCAGCCUGGUGUGAUCGGGUUCUCUGGAGGGGAACAAAUAUCAAGCAGCUCAAAUAUCGCAGUCAUAUGGACUUGAAAACCAGCGACCACAAGCCAGUCAGCUCACUCUUCAGCAUUGGGGUGAAGGUGGUGGACGAGCGCAGGUACCGGAAAUCAUUUGAAGACAUUGUGCGCAUGAUGGAUAGAAUGGAGAACGAUUUCCUACCUUCUGUAAAUCUCAGCAGCAGAGAAUUUGUAUUUGAUAGAGUGCGGUUUCGUCAGCUACAAAAACAAAAAUUCCAAAUCCAGAACGACGGGCAAGUCCCGUGCCACUUUUCCUUCAUCCCGAAGCUGAACGAUACACAGUAUUGCAAACCCUGGCUGCGAGCCGAGCCCUGCGAAGGCUACCUGGAGCCAGAUGAAACUGUAGACAUUAACCUGGAUGUUUAUGUCAGUAAAGACUCCGUCACUAUACUUAAUUCCGGCGAAGACCGCAUUGAAGAUAUUUUAGUGCUUCACCUGGAUCGGGGGAAAGAUUACUUCCUAACCAUCAGCGGGAGCUACUUGGUGAGCUCGUUUGGCACGUCCUUGGAGGCUCUGUGCCGGAUGAAAAGGCCCAUCCGGGAAAUACCGGUUACCAAACUCAUAGACUUGGGAGAAGACAGCUUCUCAGAUAAGGAGAGAGCCGUCCUACAUAAUCUGCCGCUGGACAUCGAUGGGACCACUGACAAGCCUUUAAAGAUACCAAAGGAGGUUUGGCUCUUGGUGAAUCACUUGUAUAAGGAAGCCUGUCACCAGGAAGAUCUCUUUCAAACACCAGGAAAACAAGAAGAGCUGCAGCAGAUUAUUGACUGUUUAGACACGAGUAUUCCAGAGACCAUCCCCGGCAGUAACCAUUCGGUCGCCGAGGCACUGCUGAUAUUUUUGGAAGCCCUGCCGGAGCCUGUGAUAUGUUACGAGCUGUACCAGAGGUGCAUUGACUGCUGCCAUAACACACAGCUGUGCAGACAGGUGAUCUCUCAGCUGCCACGUUGCCACCGAAACGUGUUCCGAUACUUAAUGGCCUUUCUGAGGGAGCUGCUAAAAUACACUGAAGAUAACAACCUCAGUGCUAGUAUGAUUGCGACCGUCUUUUCCACUCUUCUUCUACGACCUCCUCCGAACCUUGCAGGAAAACAGAUACAAAGUGAACGGCAGAGGGCGAUUAACUUUAUCCUGGGAUUCUUGCUGGCGAACGAGGACGAGUAAACUCCUUAUCCUAGAACUGAAAAGAGGUUCCUUUAAAGAAAGUAAGAUGGCGGCUCUCCUCUCAGAAGAGCUUUAGGACGGACUGAAGGUGGCGCUUGGGCUAAAAGCUCUUUCUCGUCUCUGCCACGGGGACGCUGAAGGAAACCCCACAGCAGACAUUUCUGGUACUGUAGUCAUUCUGGAUCCCAUGAAGCUAUGGUGACAUAUAGGACUAUGGGAACAUUCUCUACUUGUUACAUUUACAUGUUAGACCUGUCUGUGAUUUUAGUUUUCCAACCACAUGCUCACCGCUCACCGACUAGCUUUGCUCCUGCCCUGUGAUCUGAACACUGUACACUGGUGCCAUAGUCACUGUUAACUUGUGUGUGACAUAUUUAAGUGCCCUUGCGAUCGUAUGUAGGUUUCCUCGUGGUACGUCAGAGGUGUCUGAAAUACCUCCUAUUCUUUCUGAUUAUAUAUUUACAUUUCACUCGGAAGGGAAUUUACCUCCAAUAUGAUACGUGGGCGCGGGAACUUUGUGCUUAGUGUCGAGUCUUGGUCUUGAUUUCUAUUUCCAUUUUAUAGCUGGCAUCACUCAAGAGGUUCGAUAUGGCAUUUAAGGAGGUUUUUAUGCUUCUUGCACCACCCUUCGGCGAUGGCAGCUUUACCAAUGGGGUCAAGAGCUUAACGCAGAGAACCCCUACAUGUUAAUG